AUGGCUAGUAAGGCUACCAUUGUCUGGAAAUCUUCUGUUGAUCCUGAGUUGACAUGGAAAGGUAUAUGGCCUAUGAUUGACUUGUGGCUGAGAGCUUAUUCCAGCAGACAGAACCUAGGAGGCCUACCAAGCGGGGUAAACAGCCCGAAUUGCUUUGCCUUCUCCAUUCCCCUUCCUUCACUUUACAAGUCAACCAAGACACCCCAGUAUCAAAUGUUCAGCAGCACAAAAGUCUUGACCCAGCAUAACAAGGCAAAACAUGGAAAAUUGCCAAAGACAAUCCCAGUCCAGAAACAAGAGAUAAAGGUCCCAAUCCCUCAACCUUUACUGGAAUAUCAUUUCAAAGACCCGAGCUACAGAAGAUUCCCGCUACUCAACAUGGCCGUCAUCCACGAUCGCCUCAUUCUCCAAUGCCAUUCCUCUCAGCGCCUGAAAAAGGAGGGCUACAAUAUGGGUCAGGAAAAUUGUAACAACGGGACAAAAGCCGCCAUAAGAAACAAAAGGAUUAGGGCUCCUAAUCCAGACCCGCUAUGGCCCAAAAGAAAAGCAGUCGCUCUCGAUUGCGAAAUGGUGUGGGUCAGAAACGGUGGCCGUGAGAUAUUAUCUAUCAGCGUUGUCGACUUCUUUAGUGGCGAAGUUUUGGUUUAUUCCCUUGUUGAACCUCAAGAGCCUAUCGUGGAUUGGCGCACACAUAUUCAUGGCAUAGGGCCAGAAUCACUUUCAAUGGCCAUGUCUCAAGGACGAGUUCUUCCCGGUUGGGCAGCAGCGCGACAACAGCUGUUCAAGCAUAUCAACACAGAAACCGUAAUAGUUGGGCAGUCUCUACAGCACGAUUUGAAAUGGCUACGGGUAUCACAUGUGAGGAUUUUCGAUACUGCUAUUGUCGCAGCAGAAGCUGUGUCUGGAACAGACUUUGGUUUUGGUCGCCGGUGGAGUCUCAAAUCACUCUGUGCAGAUUUGUUGAAGUUGCGUAUCCGGCAGGGUCCCGAGGCUCAUUGUGCCUUGGAGGACGCUAUGGCGGCACGAGAGGUUGCGCUCUGGUGUAUAUGCUACCCUGACAAGUUGAAGCAAUGGGCAAAGAGGGCACACAAAAAGAGUCGUACUGAAAGGCCGAAAGAGGCGGAUCAUAAGAAAAAUGGAAGAAGAAAAGUGUAUCAUUCUCAUGAUGGUGGUGAAGGCAAUGUUGGGGUCCCUCUAUAG